UGACUGUCCCAGAUCGGCGGCUUUUGAAAUGGUUCGGAACAGUUGUCUGCAUGUAAUAAAUUAAGGGUACCGCAUGACUUUUAAUUUACCUUUAAUGAAAGAUGAAAUAAUAUAUCGUUAUUCUUCAUAUAUUGGUUCUUUUCCCGUCGAGGAGCAAGAUAAUGCAUGCAGAGCCCAAAAGGUCCAAAAAGAGCUGGAAGCUCUCAGGUCGUAUACGCGAAGCAAAUCUGUGAUAGUUUGUGUAUCUAUCCGUGGCAUUAAAAUUUGUUCAGAUGACCUUAAAGUUGUGUACAUGGCCCAUGCUCUUCGCAGAAUAUCAUAUGCUACUUGUGAUGCUACUCAUAAACAAGUAGCAUUCCUUGCGAGAGAACCUUCAGGUAUUGUCAAUCUACAGUAUUGUCAUGUAUUCGUUACCGGGACAUCUGGUGAUGCGGAAGAGCUAAACCGAAUAAUUGGAGAUGCCUUUAAACUUGCUUAUCUUCGACAGCGCCUUAUUAAACUUCAUCAAAGCGGAAAACACGAUGCCUCAACUAUGUUAAAUAUACCUCAACUUAGUGAUUGUUAUCCUGUUUGGCUUCCUCAAAUUGAUGAAACUACUAAAAGUCUUUCCCUGCUGAAUACGCUUAAACUUCCUCCACCGCCUAGUUUCCCUCCUCCUCCUCCUCCUCCUCUUACUACUUCUACGCCUAUUGAAAAUGAGAUGAAAAUGCAUGAAAAGCGGAAUAGUCCAACAGCCAGCAGCAGCAGCAGUGAACUUCGCACUUGUUCUAUGCCACAUUCCGCUACAGAUAGUAAUCCUAUCAUCACUUGUCAUCAUGCAUCAGUUGAUUCAUCCUGUGUAAAUAAUAUAUCCAAAAUGACAGAUGAAGUGAAAAUCGAUGAACAGCAACAACAACAACCUGUCUGGAUAUCAUCAGGUGAAAAUCCGACAACUUCAUCAUCUUCUUCGGAGAAUGAUUCUAACCAACUGUCGGUUCAUUCAGAUUCUGUACUGGUUGGUAGAGAUGAGAAGGCAGACACUUCCGCCGCCAGCAUCACUACCGUCAUGAAUGAUAAUAACAUUCAGUCGAAUAAAGAAGCUAGUGAACUGGAAAAAAAGCUGCAUCGCAUUUCAUCACCACAAGCAAUAGACCUGGCGUUCUUACGUCGUCAUUUUCUUCGACGGAGUGAGGGAAAAGGAUCUGAAAGCGCCAAAAAUGUUCGUGGCGGCAGUGCUAGACAACCGCGUUUACGACAAGGUACAACUCUGUCAAGUCUUUUAUCCUCUGCACGACAUAGUGCAUUUUUCCCAAGUUCUACGAGUUGUGUUAUAGACAGUGGUAAUGUUAUUCCUGAGACUUCAAAAUCACAGGAAACUCCAGACGUAUCUGAUGUACUGAACAAUUUGAAUCCUACGCGAAGACCGCCUAUAUUUGUUGAUCUUCGUACUUUCGCCGGAGGAAGCCCUGUUGUUGCUUUGAAAGAACGCCUAGAUGCUCAAGCUAUUGCAGAUGCUAAAGCGUCUGCAUUUGCAGAGGCGGCUGCUGUACUUGCAGCUGCAAAACAAGUAUCCUCUCAGUCAGUGAGUACCAGUCAAUCAAGUGUGAGUAAUUUCCCAGUGAAGGUACCCCCGCCGACUAAGUCUAUGAUUUAUCCUGUUGUUAGUCGUGCAUCGAAUCCAUCAUUCAAUGAAAAUGUAUCGUCAGUCGAAAAUUCCGACAUCUCUCCACCUAUACCACCAGUCAGAAUGCAUUCACUUCGACGUGGUCAUGAACACUUUAAUAAUUCAAAGAAUUUUUCGCCUAAUUUAUCAUCUUCCAGCCAAGCACCACAAGAAGGUGGUGGUAUAUGCUAUGAAUUAGACAAGGAUGAAGAUCGUGAAAUUGUCGAGUCAAUAGAAGCUGUAAUGAAAGCAGCUUCAUAUGACUCAAAUAAUUAUAAUAAUAAUAGUCCAAAAGAAAUUCAGUCAUCAAAAAAGCAUCAAGAGACACAGUUUCUGUCAUCCUAUAGAGAUACUACUAAUAAUAAUAAUCUAUUCACUGGUAAUCCUGAUGUGCCUUGUCAUUCAAAUCAUUUCAAACAUCAACAAAUUGUGGAGAAUUUAAGGACUCCUCAACCUAACAUGUACAAACCAGUUCAACAAACGUUUGCACCAUCAGAUUUUACUGGCGGUAUACAAUACUCUUCUGAAAAUUCAUAUCUUCAUGGAGAAACCGCUGCGCAGUCUCAGUCGCAGUAUCCCUUCAAAAAUCUCACCAGAUAUACCAAAAAUGAUAUUCAUCAGGCGAAUUGUCAUGUAUACAGACCCAAUGAGAAUUUCACUAGUUCACCUUUUAAUGAUCCACUUCAUGUUAUAGCAGAUUCUGGAAUUCACUCUUUCCAAGAACCGCAUAAAAAACAAACUUUCCCCUCUAGUCGAUGUGAUAAUCUUCAGACUACACCAACACCAGGAUCUAUAAUGUCAACAUCAUCAUUGUCAACAGAAACACCAACUCCAACUGCUACGCCUACACCAACUCCAGAACAACCUUCACAGUCGCCGCAUGGUUGUUUUACUACUAUCGAUAAUGGUGAUAACUACUCACUCAGUCAAGCGCCAUGGUAUCAAGCUCUGUUACCAAGAGAAAUAGCAUUUGAAUUACUUGCCAGAGAAGAGAUUGGUAGCUUUCUAGUUCGUAAUAGCGCCACUCAUCCUGGUUGUUGUGCUUUAUCCGUUCGUGUGUCAAAUAAGGAUAAUCCUAUUGGUAUAACACACUAUUUAAUACAAAGAACGAAUAGAGGUGUUCGAUUAAAGGGUUUAGACAAAGAAUGGCCAUCACUGCAAGCACUUGUUACUCACCUAACUGUCAUACCUGAAAUGCUUCCGUGUCCUCUUAAACUACCCCAAUAUACGACUAAUCCAGUCUUUACACAAUUUGAUCCUCAUUUGACAACAGCUAAUUGUGCAUCGAAUGAAGUCACUAAACAACGACGUAAUUACAACGCUCGAUCAUCACGAACAGAAAUGAGUGUCAACAACACAGAUGUAUGCAGUCAUCAUCAUCAUUCUCAGCGUACUCUUCAUUCCGUUGCAGAUCUUCCGUGUAGACCAGUACCACCAGCGUGUGCUACUAUCUCUCACUUGGGUGGUAGCACUACUACUACUACUACAACUAUUCCUACCACAAAUCCCCAUGAUCAAAAUUCUUUCUCUUCAUCACAGGAUCGUACUGCCCUAUCCGGUUGUUAUCAGGUGUCAAAAUGUUCACAAGUCAACAAAUCAUCACAAGUACCCAAUUGGUUAUUAAGUCAAAUGAAGUCAGAGGAUAAUAAUAAGAGUCGUCCAUUGUCGGCUAAAUCGUCAACCAAUAGUCCAAAUCAAAAAACACCUAAACUUGAGUGUAUUCAAGGUUGGAAACAGAACUCUGUCGAUUUAGCAACUAUUAUCUCCCAGUCUGAUUAUGAUAUUGAGGACAGAUCACUUUGUGAUAAUGUCAGUAAUAAUAAGCACAGUCGUAAAUUAAGUUAUACAAAAAUGAUUUAUCACAGAACAAUAAUAAUAAUAACAACUUUAUUUAGAUUAUGUCGAAGAAGAUGAUGACGACGAUGAUGAAGAUUAUCAACGUUUAUCUGAUUUUUCGUCUAUCCUAGCCGAUUUAAAUCUUGUCAAUAAUAAUAAUAAUAAUGAGAAAGCUGUAACCAGUUGUUAGUCAAUUAAACGAAAGUAUUUCUAAACAUUCACUCUCACUCACACACACACCGUUUUUACUGUUUUUUUUGAAUUCCCUUUUUUAAAACAAAAUUUAUUUUCAUCUUGUUUGAAUUUUCCAUUUCAUCAUAUAUAUAUCUUGUGGUUGUUUCCCAUCAGUCGCAGCGGCGGCGACAUCGUGGUGUAUACAAUGAACAACAAAUGGUUAAAUUGUGUUAUAUUCUUUUUAAAUUACUUUUAUUCUCUUGUUAAUCAUGUGCUGUAUUCAUUCACUGUAGUUAUAUAUAAGUUAUUAAUAUUUGCAUCUUUUACUUAAUGCUGAGUAGUAGUCACUGACUGUGGCUAACUGAUUGAUUGAGUGAGCAGAUUUCAUCUAUUACUAUUACUAGUGUAGUCAAUCGUUGGUUUAUUCUAUGUGAAAGCGCGUUAUAGGCGCGCGCGCACACAUACACACACGCAUUACAUCAGGUAACUACACUACAAGUACUUCACUACCUCUCCUCUCUUGUAUUAGGUAGGGUUUUUCUGCUUUCCUUCUCUCUCUUUAUUUCUAUUGUUUUUUAUAAGUAUAUAUAAAAGGGAUAAGAAACUAACGGAAAACAACUUUUGUCAUUGUUUUUAGCUGUGUUUUCAUUCUUCUCCUUACUGCUCACUCCACACACACACACAACCGCCGCCCGGAACCCCUGUUAACAAAUUACACGCCAAUGUCAGUCAUUAUAUCACUAAUACAAAACACGAAAUCUAACGCCUUUUAUAUAUAUAAUAUAUACAUAUAUAUACAGCGAGGACGAUCUAUUCCUUCAUAUUAAUAACCUGGGUAUUAAACAUGUAAAUUUAAAUUACUCGUGUUCCCCUUCGUUCUGCUUCCUGUUGUUGUUGUGUGUUUUUUUUUAAAUUUAAUUAUUAUUUGUUAUUAUAUUUCAGAUAUUCGAGAAGAAAAAGAAAAAAACUCCAGUAUGAAAUGAUGAUAUGAGAUUGUUUAAAAUGAAUGAAUCAAUAAAAUUCAUUCGUUUCUUC